AUUAAAUGUAAGAAAGUGCCAUUGUUUGUCGUUAUUGCAAAAAUCAAGCCUAUUUUGAUUCAAAAUCAUCAACUAGUUUUUGUAAAUCGUAACGAUGUUAGGGAGCUGUUAUUGAAUUUGGAAAAAUUACUUAUGAAAAUGAGGUUAAUUUAUAUGAAGUUGAUGAGCCAGGAAAAAAGUAAACAAGAUUUGGAGGAUAUGAAAAUAAAAGAGAAGCUUUUAAGAAUUAACUUUGUGAAAUGUUAGGAAAAAAAGAUUCUAAAUAGAGAAAAUAAUUUUGCGAAAAAUUUGAAGCUGGAGAACAUUUAAUAUAAAAAUUUUCAAGUAUAUUCAGAAUGAAUGAAGCCUUAACAAAAGAUGCUAUUUCUAAAUAUAGAAGUUUAAUUUUUGAUAAUGCAUAAGCUGUAUAACACAAUAUAAAUUAUUUAGGUUGCCAGUAAAAGCUUUUAAGCCUUAGCUGUAGUGGCCUAUAAUUUAACAAUAUAAGUAAGGUAAAGUUAGUAAAACUCUAACUAAAAAUUGAACAAAAUUAAUCUAAAUGUAAUGUUAAAAUUUUGCGAUAUUUCGUAAUAAUAAUUAGAAUAAAUUACUAAGGCUUUAGAUAUAAAAGUAAAUUUUUAUAAAAUAUUUUUAUAGAAUUUUGCUGGUUCAGGAAGACAACAUAUAUACUAAGAAAUUCUAUAAACAAUUAAAGACCAUAGAUUACCAUUUAAUGAAUAUGAAGUUAUGGGAGCUUUUGAUAUUCCUUAUAACCUUAUGGAAAAUAAUGUAAUUAAAGGUGAAAGGCAAUCAACAAUUACUUGGUAAUUAUUCUAAAUUGAAUUUAGUGUUGUUGAAUAUUUGUUAGCUUAAUUAUCUUGCAAUCCUGAUUUAAAUAACAAAACCCUUGAUUAUUUUGCAUAAUUGAAUGAAGUUUCAAGAGAUACAGCCAAAAGAUUAUGGAAUAUCAUCAUUGAUAAUUAACUCUUACCAUCGUUGAUUUCUUAUUGGUAAGGAUAAAGACCAAUAUCAGUACUCCAUCAUAUUUAUUGAUAAAUUAUUUUAUUUUUUUUAAGCAGAG